CUUUAAUCACUUCCUAAUUAGAUGGUCAAUAAUACUGUCUGGCUGUGUAUAACCCUGAGAAACACAAUUGAGGAUACAAUAGAGAUUCACUUAUUAUACUCUGUAAUUAUUGUGUUAUGAUUAGUCGUCAGGAUCUCAAUAUAUCUCUUUUAAGUAUACCUAUAGAACGAUCUUCUGCAUUUAUUUAUUCUCUCCUCCCUUCUGUCUCUGUUUCUUGUGAGUAUAUGCAGAGUAUAUCUCUCUUUUUUCUUUUUUGCGCUGUUUUAGCAUAUGUUGAUUGAGACACUGAGAUAGCUGACCAGUACAGCUGUCUUUAAGUGUCAUUCUCUACCUUAGCUUAUACGCUGCAUAUGCCAAAGAUGGUUUACACUGUUGCAGACUUCGACAAUCCCCAGGUCCGAGAGGCCGCCAAUCCCUCCACUAUCGGGGGGUGGCACCAUGGUCCCGUCCCUUAUGCUAAUGCAGACUGGACUCCUCCUGAGGGAACCAUCACCCCCGAAAUUAAUGGCCAGGCUCCCAACCCCGGAGAGAGAUUCAGUGGGGUUAAUGGAAGGGUUUGCGAUGUUGCAGUUAAUGGUGACCAGAUGUGUGGCCGUUGCUUCUCAAGCAUGAUUGCGUACCGCCGCCAUCUUCGCCAGUCCCAUCCUGGAGCCUCCGCCAAUCCAAAUACUGCCAACAUCAGCGACGCCGAACUGACGGCCGGUCAGAAUGCUCUCAAGCGUUGGGUUCUGGAACAGGGUUGGAGGAGGGCUAGGUAUCUCCAUGAGCCUGGCCGUGGCCCCCUCAAUGGUCUCAUCAAUGAGUAUGCAGAUGCUUGUGAACAGAUUGCCCGUACCAAUGCUUCCUUCCGUGCUGCGUUUGGAGACCGCUUCCACCGUGACCCAGUCAUACUCCCUCCAUCAUCUGGUCGUCGCAAGAGAAAUCGCGGUCCUACCCCUCCUAGCACUCCCGAGCCUGAGCCCGAGCCUGCCCCCCCGGUUAAGAAGAUAGCCACCAGAGGUGGUCGCAAAGGCAAGGGCAGGACAUCCGCCAAAAGGGCCGUACGGUACAAUUAUGCAUAGAUAAUACCUAUGUCAGCUACAUGCUACUGCUAGGCUGUGCAUAUACAUAGGACGAUGAAGGGUUUUAUCAGGAAGAAUGGAUUACAUAAACUUUGAAGUUUAGUACAAGCAGAUUCU